UACAGUUUCAAAUCCAUGUGUUUCCAGCAAAAUUAAAAAUUUUUUUUUAAUUAUUUGAGUUAUAUUUUUUUUUUUUACAAUGCCGAAAAUGAAUCAACGGUUGCGCAAUUUGUUUCGCCGGAACAAGAUGCGCGCCCGUCCAACCACAUAUCACAAGGAUGAUAAGACAGAGGAGAAGAAGGAGGAGCAGGAGGCAGAAAAGCAGGAAGCACCUGAAGCGUCAGCCCAGGAGGUUGAAGUAGAGAUCAUACCCUCACCUCCGGCAGAGGGCGAAAUGCCCUCCUACUUCCACGUGGGCGCCUUGGCCAAGGAGUGCCUCAUCAAUGGAUUCAAGCUCGGCGCCUGGCAGCUGCAGUGCACCACGAGGACGAACAAAGACUGCUACCUGAGCAGCUUCGGCGAGGGCUAUCCAACCGUGGAUUCCGUCUUUGGGGGACUGGAGGCAUUCAAAGAGAUCGGCAACUGUAGUGUCUCCUUGAGCUGGUUUACCAACAACGAAUUUCUGUCCGAGAUUGGAGUACGGGCCAUGAACCUCGGCAGUCAGUGGUAUGCACUCCUCAAGUCGACAAUGGGCACGAAAGACGAAGUGACUUUUAAAACCAAGCUGAAGUGUGGCUUUGAACGUGAUCCUGUGAAAGUGGAACUUGUAGUACCCCUCUAUAAGGAACCUCUCUGUAUGGGUUACAUCCUGGUUUCUCCAAUCGAGAAUUGGCUGCUGGGAUAUCGAACAGUUUACAACCUAGAUGAUCAAGGAUUCGAUAAGCACGCUUUAUGCUUGGCCUAUAACGAUGGGAUAACCGAAGUGGGCCUUAAACUAGAGAAUUUCGGGGACCUGCGAGGCUCGAUCUUUCGACGGUUUGGCGAGGGAUGGGCCUUUGCUAUUAAAUCGAACCUAUAUGGCUCAGAAAAUGUAAAACAGUUUGCGAUCGGAGUUCAGUAUGCCCUUCAGAAUGGAACGUUGCUAAAGGCCAAGCUGCGAGAGGACUCAAGAAUUGGGUUUGUCUAUCAAUCGAAAAUCGGCGAAAAUAUUGAUGUCAAGUAUCAUGCGGCUUUUGAUGGCGUAGACCCGAUUGAUGGAAAUCACAGAAUUGGCGUUUCCUGGAACUUUCACUGUUGAGAUAAUAUUCAAAUUAUUUGGUACCGGAAAUAGUAGGUGUCUUUUAUUCCGAUUUAACAAUCUAUAACAACUCAAAUUGCAUGUUUUUGUUUG